ACAUCCGCAAGAGAGCGGCAAGGCAAGUCACUUCGAAGUAGGCAAAGAAGUAACGCGCGCGAUCUUGGUACGCUGCAGGCGAUGACCGCAUUUAUAUGAGUUUUUAUUAUUUCGUGAGAGUGCUGUCGUGUUCCCCGUUGCGUAAAGUGUUCACGAAAAUGCUGUUUAGGUGAACUAAGCAAGAAUUACUGUGUUGUGAUUGUGUUUGCGUACCUCCUUUUCUUUUUUAUCUUAAAUAGUCUUUUGAAGGUUGUAGAAAUGCCUUGCUCGGCGGUAACUUUGUCUAUAGCGACUAUUACAGCUAUCGUGGCUGCUGCCUUAAUGGCAAUAGCGUUUUCAACAGAUAACUGGUUGUACGUGGAAGUAAGACGCAGUAAUAUACAGACGUACGUGACGGAGAACACCGCAGAUAUCAACUCUAAAGCAAUCCUUGAGAGCCUGAACAGCAAGUACUAUUUCUACACGAGGACGCGUGGCUUGUUCCGAAUCUGUUAUCCCAAGGAGCGACCUCCUUCCGUUGAGAUCUACCUAUCGCCCGUGGAGACGCACUGCAGCAAUGUGGAUUACUUCAUACCAGACGAAAACAACGAGACCAGGGGACUAUCUGAUGACGCUAUGAACAGGUUGCACAUGGCCCGAUCCACGGUGGCAUUGUUCAUGGUCGGUUUCUUUUCACUCUUCAUCGCUUUCUGGACCGGGGUCGUUGGCUGUUGGAAGAGGAGCCCCGGAAACAUCACUGCUACAGCUAUUCUUAUGCUUGUCACUUGUUUAUUGUCCGCGGGCGCAAUGGCGUUGUGGCACGGAGUAGAGUUCUACGAAAAGGAAAAGGUCGUCGGAGAGGAAUAUUACCAGCAAUGGCCUAACAUAUUACGAGAUAACAGUCGUAUCUGGUACGACUGGUCGUACAUCGUGGCGUGGUGCGGCGUGGGUCUCUCUCUGGUGUCCGCCAUUUUGUUUUCGUCGGCGGCCAUUUGCUUGAGAGGCGAACGGGAACGGGAGGAAGCACUUAACAUGCAGUACCUAAUGCCCGUGUACCCCCAGAAGCAGCAAUACGCAUACGCCGGGUACCCUCCGCCCCAGGCGUACCCGGGGCCGUACUACCACGGCUCCCAAUACGGGCCCUACAACUACUGAGCAUGUGACCAGAUGAGGGAAGAGGCGCACUUCGCCAACUCCCCCGCCCCGCAGGCACCCGCGCGCAACCCAGCCCCCUCCCACACUUCCACUCUCGAGACCUUCAACUCCCACCGCCAGAUCAGAAGACCCCGAC